UUUUUUUUUAAAUAUAAAUAUUUAUAUUUAUAUGAAUACAUAUAAGUUUAUUCCUUUUGUUUUCUAAUUCAUCAUGACUGAUAAAGGAGAUUCGAAGCAAGAAGAGACACAAAAAGAUCUAAAUUUCUCUAUUCAAGAUGUUUUAGAGAAUAAAGAAAAGAAUCAAUCUAUUCAAUCAAUGGUCCAGACAUUUAAAAAUGAAGAAAAUCAAUCAGCUUCAUAUAAGAAUCUUCCUGCAGAAAUACAACAUUUAUUUACUUUACCAGAACAAUCAUACGCGUCGACACCUAAUGCUCAAUCAUGGAACAGUUCCAAUAUAAAUAGUAGAUCUUCUACCAAUACACCAGCAGCUUCUUUUGUCACGCCACCUACUCAAGAACAAAAUGCUACUCCUUCACCCUUACUUUCAAAUAAUAUUAAUAACAAUUCUGCAAAUAAUGUAAAAAGUUUAAAACCUUCUUUACAACCAAAUAAUCAAUCUCCAAUUCAGUCUUCUCCCCAACCAAUGACAUCUAGUCCUCAAAUAACAACUGCAAAUACACAACCAUCACCAAAGCCAACAGGUGAACAGGACAAGCCUUUUGUUAACUCUCCAAAAACAAAUAUACAGCCUUUAUCUUCACCACAAAUGAAUGUUCAUUCACCACUUAUUCAUGUACAUCCUUCACCGCAAGUCCAAGCUCAAGUUCGUUCUCCUCUAACCUCAGUUCAAUCCUCGCCUAAAGCGAUAACACCUCAGUCACCUUUUAUUCAUCCUAAUUCUCCUGCUAUACAAUCCCCUAUCAAAAGCCAACAACAAAGUCAUCAAAAGCCAAUUAGCCAAUUGCAGUCUCAGUCACCCACUAUACAUCAAUCUCCAAAACCUAUUGCUCCACAGAUGACUCCAAAGCUACAACCUCAACAACAAACUCAGCCUUCAAUUAUUUCUAAUAACCCUCAACAACCGACAGGAGCUUCUCCCAUGACUUUAUUAGACAAUCUUACGUCGCAAAUGCCGCCUGAACGUAAAGAGAAAUUCAUUGAUUUGUUCAGACAAUUACAAGUAAUCAACAUGUAAAAAGCUAUCAAUGCGUGAAUUUGUAUUAAUUAUUUUUUUUCCCCAUAGAAUAACGCAGUUACAGCAAAUCAAUUUUUAGCCCAAGCAAGGGUAUUA